ACGCACCGACUGUACCUGUCUGCAUGAAGUGUGAGACGAAAUGUUCCAAUUGGUGGGAUCUUGUACAGCAUGCGGAAAUUGAACAUAAUUUAGUCUUGUAUAGAAAGCAAGAAGUAACUAACAUCCCAUCUACAUCUGGAGACGGAGAUCAAGAAUUGUCAGAUGCCAUUCCAGAAGAAUUUACGGUUAGUUGGGGUAGUCUCAGCGAAGACGGAGAUGCAACCUGGUCGACCACAACCGAAUUUACUAAUGGCGAUGCCAACUGCGAAAAAAAUAAUAUUAGUUGUAAUUAUUAUCAGACAGAAGAUAAUCAUUGUAAAGAAUCUCAAGAGGAAAAAGACACGUCAUCGUGUGUAGCCGAAGAGUCGUCAUCAACAGCAGAGAAGUCUGUCGGAACCGAAGAUCUGUCCGAGAUUUAAAAACUUCCGAACUUAAAAAAGUUUUUAAGAAUUGAAGAUUGCUCAUUUUCAAAUUUACUUUUAUAUUUAUAGAUCUCAUUUAGAAUUACCGUAUACGAAUCUCAUCUGUAUAUUAAACACUAAAACUGACAAUAUAAAUAGGUUUUUAGUUUAGUUUAGUGUAAGAUAUUAUUACAUCAUUUCAUAGGACCAAAAGCGCUUGGGGGAAGACGCGAAAUUAUGGAAAUUCUCAAUUUUCAGUAUAAGAUGGCACUUCGGAAAAACAAAAAUUUAUUUGUUCACACUAAAAACUUUUAUUUUUGAAAUAAUUCAAAAUAUUAGUGUGUUCUGCCCGACACUCAUACGUACAUAUUUAUGUUAGACUACAACAAUCGAUAGCAGAAAGCCUGUGUGGUCAUAAUACACGUCGAUCGAAAUCGUUUUGAAAUGCACCACCAGUAGAACGUGUUACCAUCGUGCAGACAUGAAAAAAGUUCUGUAAUAUUUUUUCUUGUCGAGUAAAAAUAAUCUGUAAUUACUCACGUUAAAUGACUCGCAAUCUAAAUCGGGAAAGUAUAGAUAGGACUGUUGUAUUGCUGGACUUAUUAUUUUUUCUACGAUGUAGAGUUAGGAAUUCUACUGCUCGGGUGCCAAAUGAAAGAACGCCAUCUAGGAAACAAAAGUUGUUUUGUUCCUCGAGAACAUUUCUGCGUUCCCGACGCGUUUCUCAUUAUUUGUUUUAUUUUUUAUUUACUUAAAAAGGAUCCAAGAGAUCAUACGAAAAAAAAAAGUUUCUAUUCCGAACGAGAACGGUCGGAACCAUUUGAUAACAAUUAAGAUGCGCAUUUACUCAGUGUAGUUGGAAAGAACGAAAAUUACAUGUCGAGAAUAAAAAUUAAUUGAAGUACGAAAUGCUAUUAUGUUUUUCCGGUCUACACACUAUUUGCAUUGUACAAAUUACAUAGGUUACACUGCAUUUUAUGGAAGGAUAGAAAUGGCAUAUUCAUUUUCAAUAUAAAAUAAUACAAUGAUUUUAAGCUUAACGUCUAUAAAAUCUAAUGGUAUAGUUUUCUGCACAAUUCGAAGAAAACUAAUUCGUAAUUUUGUUUUAGAUAUUCAGAAUUUAUGUAUUAUGACAUAAAUGCCAUUAUAUAAAUUUAUGAAACGUUCUAAUGUAUAUUGUCGCUUAAUCACUAUCAUUUAUUGUUUAUUGAUGUUUAAUAAAAGUUCGUGAUGAUA